CUUCGACGCCUAUCGCGGCUUAGGGAGGAGGGAGAGGGAAGGCGAGCCACGGUUGCCGUGACGACCAGAUAUCCGGGCCUUUCGCGGGCUUCCGGGUUGGCCGGUAACCGUGGCAACGGACACUAACCGUCCCGGCGGGCUGGAAGUGGAGGAGUCAUGGCGGAGGGGGCCCUUCGGCCGACUGCAUCAUUAGCGGCGGCUGCAGAAGUUCCAAAAGCACGCUCAGGAAAAGCACCAGAACUGCCCAUUCUGGAGAAAAGGAAUUGGCUGAUCUACCUGUACUACAUCCGCAAAGACUAUGAUUCAUGUAAGAUUGCUAUAAAAGAGCAACUUCAGGAGACCCAUGGGAUGUGCGAAUAUGCUGUCUAUGUUCAAGCUUUGAUAUUUCGAUUGGAAGGGAAGAUUCAAGAAUCGCUCGAGCUUUUCCAGACAUGUGCUAUUCUGAAGCCUCGAAGCGCCGACAAUCUCAAACAGGUGGCCCGAUCACUGUUUCUUCUGGGGAAGCACAAAGCAGCUAUUGAAGUUUACAAUGAUGCAGGCCGGCACAACGAGAAGGACUGGGAAAUCUGCCACAAUUUGGGUGUUUGCUACAUGCAGCUAAAAUAUUUCAACAAGGCCAAAGAUCAGCUCAACAAUGCCCUGCAACUCAGCCGACAUGACCUGACAUCCAUGGUGCUUGGGAAGAUCCACCUGUUGGAGGGCAAUAAGGAGGAAGCGAUCGAAGUCUAUAAGAAAGCCGUGGAGUUCUCCCCACAAAACACAGAACUCCUUACAACUUUGGGUUUGCUGUACCUGGAGCUGAAGGAUUACCAGAAAGCCUUUGAGCAUCUUGGGAACGCGCUCACGUAUGAUCCCAGCAAUUAUAAGGCCAUUUUGGCAGCUGGCAGUAUGAUGCAGAGCCAUGGAGACUUUGAUGUGGCCCUCACCAAGUACCGGGUAGUAGCUUGCGCUGUUCCGGAGAGCCCUCCGCUCUGGAACAACAUUGGCAUGUGCUUCUUUGGCAAAAAGAAAUACGUAGCGGCCAUCAGCUGCCUGAAACGGGCAAACUACCUGGCACCCUUUGACUGGAAGAUUCUGUAUAACCUUGGCCUCGUCCAUCUGACAAUGCAGCAGUACGCCUCUGCGUUCCACUUCAUCAGUGCAGGCGUCCAUCUCCAGCCAAAGCUGGCAGAACUCUACAUGCUGUUAGCAGUUGUGCUGACCAAUCUUGAAGAUCCUAAGAAUGCCAAACUAGCCUAUCAAAAGGCUUCUGCACUAGACAUAUGCAACCCUCUGAUAAGUCUCAACUUUGCAGUUCUGCUCUACAAUCAAGGGGAUAAGGAAGAGGCUGUCCUCCAGUACCAUGAGAUGAAAAGGAAGGCCCAGGCAUUAAAGGAGAACGCCCUGGAGUUUGACUCUGAGAUGGUGGAUGUCGCUCAGAGGCUGGGGGCUGCCUUGCAGCUCGAAGAGGCCGCACUCUGGACGAAACCGACUAAAGACUCCAAAUCAAAGCAACAAGGAACUACCUCCAGGAAAUCGUCCACUGCACCACCCCUGGGGUCUAACCAAGCUCUGGGACAGGCCAUGUCUUCAGCAGCCAGCUACGCAAAGACCAUGAUCCCAGGUGCUGGCAGUUCAAAUCAGCUACCCAAGGGCCCCUCCUUGCCGAUGGAGCCUAAGCCCGCUACAGAGGCUGCUCCUGAAGACGCUACAUCUGCUGCAGAGGGGCAGGAGCAAAGUUCUAAAAAACUAGCCAGCAGUUAUGGCUCAAGGCAGUUGGAGAUACCCAGCGCUGUAUUCCUGAAACAUUUACUUGAUCAGCAUUGCCCGUUUCAAGUUGGGCUCAGAUACAAACGCUUUAGCCACCAGUUCUGCACUUUCUGCCAAUUAAGAAAUCUGUGUGACCAACAUAAAUGAAUGACUAUCAGAUCCCUUCUACAACUGGAUUGGGUUUAUUAUUCCAGCUUAUUUAGAAAAAAAAAAGAACAGAUCUAUUUUGUACAUCAAGGGAGUUUUCAAAAUGUAAGUGGUUGGUGAGAGUUAAUAAAUACUCUGAACCCCCUCCUA